UCAUUGUUUUACCAAUUGACUGUUGUAUGUGAUCAAACAGUCAGGCAUCGCUAAGGCCAGCAAAAUAAUCACGGGGUCCACGGAAGAAGGACAUCGCAGAAAGUAAACAAAAAUCUGAGCUGCAGUCAUCGACUUUAGUUGAAUUUAUUCAUAAGAUGUGAUGGAUUGCGACGCGAUGGCAGAGGGAGAUGAACUGGAAAAGCGUGCGAUAGAGGAGCUCCUCAGAGAGACUGACCGGGCUCGGGUCAGAGCAGAGACCAUGGGCCCUGCAGGAUGGCUGAAGUGUCCCCUGCGGGGUACUAACAAGUACUUCCUCCUCAACACGCUGCGCUCCACCGGCCUGCAGCGGCGCACGGGAGAGCCCAGGACGGGACACACGGCCCCAAGAGGGCGCCUGACAAGCAAGUCCCCGGCCACAAGAGGGCGCCUGACAAGCAAGUCCCCGGACAGAAGCCGCGAUCGCAGCAGGACACCUCCCAGAGAUCACAGAAGUAGUGGAGCCCACACAGACCAUCAUCACAGGGACAGACGCAGCAACAAAAAUGAGAAGCACGAUCGAGACAACGAGGGGAGUUACAGACACAGAGACAGCAGAGACCGCAGACGUGGGGAAGUUGAACUGAACCCAGACAAAAACAGAGACAGACUUCUUGAAUAAAGACUUCUGCCCAGAGGAGGAACCACUCCCUGUCCAGGAGCGCAGAGCUGGACACUCCUGAGACCAUUCUUUGACCAGUCAACACACCACAGAGUGCUGGCGGCAGACUGACACACCUGUCCUGGUCACCUGGCACGUUAGGAGCCAGAAAAAGUAUUGAUUCAACUUUUUAUUUGUGCUGAUAAAAAAAAAAAGAAGAAGACUUUUUCUCCCACAGAGACAAGGUGGACGAUUGUCUUACAUAUUAGUUUAACUUAACAUACAUUGAUGGAUCCAGUAGCCACACUAAAGUCAUUUUAAUGGUCUUUUCCAUGAUUUUCCACCAAAUGUGGAGGGAUUAAGCUACACUAUGGCUUGAGAACACCCUGAAAGGUUUUCAGUAAACAUUUCGUGCUGCCCCCUCUCAUAUGACUAAUGGUUUGGUAUCAUGCUUGUUCACAGAGUUCAGGAGGCUUGAUUUCAAUUAUAAGCUCUUUGCCAUUCUUCGGUCAUUAUUCACUGGUCAUAAUGUUUAAAUAAGCCAUGCUGCUGUCGCCACUGGGUAAGCACAUUUUAUCGCGUGUCCAACAUUUUGACAUGUAUAUACUGGCAAUGAGAAACGGUUUUGUUUGUCAAAGGAGAAAAAAAGAUCUUGUUUUCCUGACACUCCUACAUGUCUCCGAGUCCUUAUACAUUGUCUACAGUGUACACUAGACUAAUAGUAAUUUAAUUAGACUUUAACAGAAAAAUAAGUAAUUGCAAAAAUAUUAAUGAUAAUACUGGCAAAUAAUAUACAGUGUUUCUACGUGUUUUAUCGGGGUUAUUAGAGGUUCAGGACAACAGAUGGACAUUUGCUCAAGCGUUGAAAGUGUUGUAAUGCUGUUUAUAUCUCUCCUAUCCAUUUGGCUUGUCUCCGUGUGUUUAAGCUUGCUCUCUUUUAUUGUUCCACACAUAGAGAUUUUUAUAAGCGUAGCAACUGUCAGUCUCUUGGGACAUGAUUCUGUUUUAGCAAAGUUAACCUACAUUACUCCUCGCUUAAACUCGUCUAAAAUGAGUUUAAUGCGCGCCAUGCUUCAUAAAUCACAGUGUCGUCUCCAGCUGAGAAUAGCGUGAGUUAACGGUUUCCUUCCUUUUUGAAACAUUGAUCAAAUAUAAACACCAUUAAGCCGCAGUACAGCAAGUGAUUUGUAUGGAAUUGGUUUGCUUGAACUUUAUUGCAUCGCUGAGUGCCGCAUUAAGAUACCGUGGAAAGUGCCGUAAUUGCUUUUGAAGAACUAAAGGCAGAUAGUCUGAUACACACUAUCAGGAUAAAAGCCCCACGGUCCUGUGCGAUUUACAUGAAAAAUCUGUAGGCCUGAAUUACACCUGGCUCACAGCAGAGGCUCAAAAUGAUGCAUAAAGGUGCUGGUGAAUGUGGAGACGAGCUCCUUACGCACGCCGGUUAAUUGACUUAGGCUGGUCACUCCAACCUAAUUGUUUGGAGUGACCAGCACGUCAUUGUUGUGUACUGUUGUUUAAUGGGGCGAAUAUAAACCCGCCAAAGGCUAAUGGCCAGCAAACAUGGCGAGAAUGCAGCGACCGCAGCAGAGUCUGUGUUUGCCAUCGCCAAGGUCCCCUCGCCCAGAUACCACGGGGCCCACACGCUAAAUGGUGUUAAAUGAUGCAUUUACAGAAUUAUAAUGGGUACAUUUAAAAAGUCAGAAAGGUACAUGCAAAUGAAAAAGGUUAUGGAAAUAGGUCUGGUGUUUGAGCUUUUCACCCGAGUUUCCAAGACAGCUGCUUGUCCAUCCAGGUCCCUUAUCUGGCAGGUCAACCAAUGUUUGCGCCCAUACAUAUCGAUUUAUCAGCCGCAGUGCGCAGACAAGAGGCAUAUAACUUGUCAAUAGUUACACUGUUUGAGAACAACCCUACAUAUCGUGAGAAACAUCUUUCUGUCGUGACCUCUUUAAUUCCAGGUGUGGAGUGUCCCACAGAUUCACCUGUGCGUCGGUCUGCUGCUGUUUUGGAGCAAACACAGCUGCAGGCCAUGUUGCCUAAAUGUUGAGAUAUUGACAGAGUGGCAUUGAUUUAUUCGUUGACCGCCUUUCUGUUCAGUUUACUGAAAAAAAACCCCACAAGCUGCAGAAUAUCCUGGAAACUAAGUGGCUAUAGGUCUGCCUUUUUGAGCAAACAGUGAAACCAAUGGGUUCCCUGCUGCAGAGUCACAUGAUGACAGAGUGACACACCUGUGUGCGCCGUAAGGGCCUGCAGUUGUGCCAGUUGCAGGCAGAGGAGUAGGUCCACACCGAGGCAGGGUACAGGUACGGUGCAUGUGCGCGCAAACAGCCUCGGGUCCUCUGUAGCCAUGAAUCGGGACGAUCAUUACUACGCCUCUCAGGUUUUUAAGGAUUCCUGUGUUUACCAGAGACCACAAGGUGAGGACUACAGCCACAGCCCGCCGCCCUGCCUCUACAUGAGCAGACAGGUUCAUUCCGUCUACACUCCGCCAUCCAUGGGAGCACUGGAGCAGACCAGCCUUCCUGAUAUUACCCCUACAUACAGUCUACCCAACGUGCGAGAACAUCCAGGUGUGCCUCAGCUCCACCACCCUCAGAGUCUCCAGCAGCAGCCUCUCGAGCCCGCUCCAGCUUGUGGCGUCAUUGGAGAACAGAGCAGAUGUCAUCUCCCCUUUCCUUGGAUGAAAACCACAAAAUCACACUCGCACACCUGGAAGGGACAGUGGGCAGGACCGUACGUGAUGGCCGAGACUGAGGAAAACAAGCGCACGAGGACGGCGUACACGCGCGCCCAGCUGCUGGAGCUAGAGAAAGAGUUCUUGUUCAACCGGUACAUCUCGAGGCCGCGCCGCGUGGAGCUGGCGCUGACCCUGAGCCUCACCGAGCGCCACAUCAAGAUCUGGUUCCAGAACCGGCGCAUGAAGUGGAAGAAGGAGGAGGACCGGAGGAAGGCGAGGGGGGCCGAGCCGGACCAGGACUCCUCCAUCACCUCUGGAGACCAAGGGGAACCGGCGGGAGGGGUCUCAUCCACAAAUGGACUUCACACUAGUACACCGCCUGUUUCCCCGUUACACGGCCACUGUCUCUCCGGCUCUGGGUCAAGAGAGCCCGCAUAGACCCGGAGAAAACAUUAUUCUCUGCACUGGGACCUUUAAGUUUUUUCUUCCUCAUAACCUACAGAAAUAGGCUACAAACCUGUGGGGUUAAGAACUAGGCUGAAAACAGUGGACAGAGUGAAACAGCCCCACUAAAGUUGGCAUUUUUAACUAAUGUCCUCCUUUUACAGAGACCUCACUGAGCUCCCUCAGGGAUUCCUUUACUAGAAACCCUGUCACAGUCAUUUUUGAUCUGAAGGGAUCUUUCUAGGUUCUACUUGCCCAUAUAUGCAUUGACAUUUUUGGGCACCAGAUGGCAUGCUGCCACAACCGAGCACGAAGGACCACCUGUACCUUUGUCCCCCCCUUUGUUAGAUGAAACAACAAGGAUUCAGUUGCACAUAUUUAAUCAAGCGAGAAGGCCUGUUAGUAUGACGUCAUGAUUAUGAAGGUAAAUAUACGUAAAAUCAGUAGUGGAAGGAGUACUGAGUUAUUUUACUUAGGUAUA